AAUAGGUGCUGCCAGCCGGCCUCACCUGAGCGCUGCCAAAGGGAUUUCACAGCAUGUCCGUGCAGCAGAGAAAGAACAGAGCUGUCAUCAUUGUCAAUUACGAGUUCUGCAGCAGGACUGAGCCGCUGGAAUCCAGGAAAGGGGCCAAGAGAGAAGCAGACAAGCUGUUUAAAGCAUUAUCCAAACUCAACUAUGCAGUGAAGUUGUACUAUGACCAGGCAGCCAAGGAGAUAGAGGAGAUCUACCGGCAAGAGAGCAGGGAAGAGCAUGGUGAUUGCUUUGUCAGCAUUCUGUCCAGCCACGGCGAGGAGGGGGCCAUAUACGACUGCUGGGGAGAGCUGGUCAAGCUGACAAGGAUUUUCCAGAUGUUAUCGCCACAAAGGUGCCCAGUGCUAGCUGGAAAGCCCAAGAUCUUCUUUAUACAGGCCUGCCGUGGGAAUGUGACGGAUCCAGGUGUGUGGGUGGAGACGGACAGCGGCCGGCCCCCAGCAGACAGCUUCUCGCACUACCUUUCCAUCCCUGACAGCACGGCCGUGAUGUUCGCCUGCAGCCCAGGCUACAGCGCUUUCCUCAAUCCGCUGGGCUCCAUGUUUCUCCAGACCUUGCUGGAGUUUCUGGAAGGAGAUGAGCGGCAUCUUGAACUUGCACGUCUAAUGACCCGCAUCAGCUGGAAAGUCGCGCUUCAUUGCGAAGCCAAAGGGCCAUACCACGGUGACAAGGAAAUGCCCUGCUUUGUCACCAACAUGGUGCGAGAGGUUUACCCAUUCUCCACCCAAACCACGGAGACCGGCAGACUCUGAGAACUUGGAUCUCGCCGGAGGGAGCCACCAGCUGCUUUCCAACUCUUUCAGGAGUGCUGUGCAUGGCCAGUGACUGCAAGGGGAAUCACAGAGCGCGUGAGGGCCAGCAGCAUUUCUGUCCCGACACGACACUAGGACUUUUUUGUUGUAUGAGCAAAUGAAGGGCCAUGCACCUCUCCAGUGCUCUCUGAAUAAUAAAACUAACA